ACCCGCUGCUGCAGCCCCGCAGGACAGCGCUGCUAAGGAAGCUGGCGCCGGGGCUGACCCGCACAGCGCCGCACAGCCCGACCCCUCCACCAUGACACCCCAGGAACAGCAGCAGUAUUGGUACCAGCAACACCUACUUAGCUUGCAGCAGAGAGCAAAAGCCCAUGCACAGGGGCAGCAGCAACUGAGGAGCACAGGAACAGUGAAGGAUGCUCCUGAGCAGAAAGUAAAGCAAGAGGAAGGGAAAUCAAAUGCUACUAAUCAGCAGUCUGAAGCUCCUUCUCUUAAUGAGCCUGCAACACCAGCUCCCAAAGAAGAGGAUCCUCCUCUCUCAGCUGCAGAAUCAAAGCUGAAUAUUGAACCUCCUGAAGACUCUGAGGAAGACUUGAGGUUGCAGCAGUUGCAGGUGGCAGCAGCACAGUGGCAGCAGCAUCCACACCAUCGAGUUGGCUUUCAGUAUCAGAGAAUAAUGCAGAAGCAUGCACAGCUGCAACAGAUCCUACAGCAGUAUCAACAGAUCAUACAGCAGCCUCCCCACCUACAGACAAUGUCAGUGGAUAUGCAGCUGCAACAUUAUGAGACACAGCAGAAACAGUUCCAGCAACUGCAUAAAGAAUGGGAGCGUGAAUUCCAGCAAUGGCAGGAUCAGCUCCAGACCUAUCCUCACAAAGAUCAGCUUCAGGAAUAUGAGAAACAAUGGCAAACAUGGCAGGGACAGAUGAAAGCUACUCAAUCCCAUUUGCAGGAGAAAGUAAAUUCACUUCAGAACAUGAAGAAUCAGUACCCUGCAAGUGUUACAAUGCCACCUCCAUUUGUUUCAUACCCUCAAACAAGCAUUCCUGUUAUGCCUCCAACUUUGCCUCCCACAACACCUCCACAGGUUCCUCCACCCCUGUCUUCUGGUUCUCAAAUGCCAAAUUCAUCCAUUCCCCCAACAUCUAGUUCUCAGAGCACCCAGUCCACUGAGACACCAAGGCCAGCUCUACUUCCCACUCCUGUUUCAUUUGCACCUAAAGUAUCUGGCUUAGCUGCAGCUUCACCGUAUCAUUCUCAGAUAACUUCAUCUAUUGCCUCUUCGGACCAAGGAAACACUCAAGUUCACAUGGCUAAACAGUCUGGGCCAUUUGCCUCAGUUUCAUCUGAGCAAGGAUCUGGGGAAUUGAAAACCUCCACAGUAACUUCAACACUUACACCCACCACCUCCAUCACUACCUUCACUCAAGAUAAACCUCUGAGAUCAGGUGGAUUGCUUCCAGACCCUCCAAGAGGACCGUACUUUGAAGGACCAAGAGGUCCUAGGUUUGAUGGACCUCGAGGAAGAGGUUUUGAGAGAUUUGAAGGGCCAAGACAAAGAGGGCCUCGUUUUGAAGGCCAGCACUUGGAAGGUCCAAAACCAAGAUACGAAAAUCAAAAAUCAGAUGGACAGUCUUCAAGCAAAUGGGGGACUAUCCCACGUGGCCCAGCAUCACAGUUUUAUACUACCCCAACUACAUCACAGAUGCACAGUACCCGACCAAGUGGGCCCCAGUGCAGGGGUCCCAGGCCUUCUUUUGGACAACAGCAGCUACAAGCAGAGUCCCGGACUGAAAACAAAGAACCUUUUACUGAUGCUGCUGGAAAACAACAGAUGGCAAAUAGAACUCAGUCUACUCCAAUUCCCAUUGAUACAGAUGCAAAGAACUCUGGUCCAGUCCAGCCAAAUGAGGACUUGAAAAAAAUGCAACAGGAACCACCCAAAUCCGAAGUAAAAGAAGUCAUUUCAGAGCCUAAAAAGUGGACUUGGAGUUCUCAGGAUCCAGCACAGCGAGUAGAAGAGUCCAAACCAACCACUCAGCCUCCAUCCACACAAAGCCAAAAACCAGCAUCUGUUCCCAGUAGUUCUACAAUUUUGCAGUCUGCUGUUCCAUCAAGAACAGGAGAAACAACAAUAGUGACUCCAUCCCCUGUACCAGGAGAUAAAGACUUGAAUUGUGCAGAUAAUAAAUUGCCUGUUUCAGAUAGCACCCUGGGGCAAGAUCUGCCUGGACCAGAAAACAGAGUAAAAGGCCCAGUUAUGUCAGAAAGUAAUAGAGGCACCGGACCAGUAAGCAGGGGCAGGGGCCAGGGCAGAAUGGAUGAUGGCCGGGGCAGAGGUCAAGGCAGAAUGGAGGAAGGCCGCGGCAGGGGGAUGGGCAGAAUGGAGGAAGGCCGCGGCAGGGGGAUGGGCAGAAUGGAGGAGGGCCACGGCAGGGGGAUGGGCAGAAUGGAGGAGGGCCACGGCAGGGGGAUGGGCAGAAUGGAGGAAGGCCACGGCAGGGGGAUGGACAGAAUGGAGGAAGGCCACGGCAGGGGAUAUGGCAGAAUGGACGAUGGUCGUGGCAGGGGGAUGGGCAGAAUGGACGAUGGUCGUGGCAGGGGAUACAGCAGAAUGGACGAUGGCUGUGGCAGGGGGAUGGGCAGAAUGGACGAUGGUCAUGGCGGGGGGAUGGGCAGAAUGGAUGAUAGCUGUGGCAGGGGGAUGGGCAGAAUGGACGAUGGCCAGGGUAGAAUGGACUAUGGCCAUGGCAGGGGAUUGGGCAGAAUGGACAAUGUCCGUGGCAGAGGACAAGCAAACAGAGGCAUGGGACAGGCAACCAUCCGUGGCAGAGGCAUGGCCAUGGCAGCAGACAGCUGGGAUAAGUUGUCGGAUAGGUAUGCAGGCAGCCAGGAGGGGUUGUCAGACGAGCGUUCAGACAGCCGGGAGAGAUUGCCAGAUGGGCACUCGGGCAGCAGAGAGAGGGGAUUCAUAGGGAGGUCAGACAGCCAAGAGAGGGUGUUGUCUAGCCGAGAUAGAGAGCUAGCUGGUCGACCAGGCAACAAGGAUAGGGGGCAAGCAGCUAGCCGAGAGCAAGGUCCUGUCAGACAGGCAGGUAGCCAUGAGCGGGAGCUAGUCAGGCGAGCAGAUAGCCGUGAGCGGGGCCCUUUCAGACGGGAAGGAAGCCGGGAUGGAGGGCCCAUGAGAUGGGCAGGAGGUCGGGAUGGGGAACCUAUGAGGAGGGCAGGAAGCGGAGAUGGGGGACCUGUCAGGCAGACAGCUAGCCGGGAACGAGGCCUAGUUAGGCGGGCAGGUAGCUGGGAGAGGGAACCAGGCAGGUCUGAAAUGGGUGGUAUGGAUAAACGCCUGGGUGACAGCUCUGAGAAAUUUCCCCCAUACCAUCGAGAGGAGCCUCUCAGGGGUCCAUGGAGCCAUGAAGAAGAGAGAAUGCAAGAAGAACUACCAUUGGAUAGUAGAGAUGCUCCUCUAGACUGUGAACUAGUAGAUGAUUGGGAAAGAGAUCGAUAUUGGAGAGAGCAUGACACAAAUUUUCGGGAUGAUUCCUUGGACCCCUAUGAUAGAGAUGACAGGUUCUCACUCCAUCAUUCAAUGCCUCCGCUAUCACCUCUUCCUCCACUCCCUCCUUUGUCUUCUGAUUUUGACAGACGAGACCCUUGGUGGGAUGAUUGGGAAAGGCCAAGAGAGAGAGAGAUGGAUAGAGACCUGGACAGGAUUGGAAGAUCCAUGGAUAGUUAUGAUCGUGAGUUAGAUAGAGAAUGGGACGGAGAUUAUUUGAUGCCUCCAGAUGACAGAGAGAUACCAAGUCGUGAUCUGGAUAUUCCCCCUCUCCCACCCAUGCAGUCCUUUCCACCUUUGGACAGAUACCAUGAGGACCGGUGGAGGGAGGAGAGGGACAGAGAUUUAUAUGACAGGGACCGUCGAGACAGGGGGGAGUUGAGAAUCCGAGAAUACCCAGAGAGAGUUGACAGAUGGAGGGAGAAGCGAAACUACCUUCCUGAAAGGACUGAUUGGGAGAGAGAACGAUUGUCGGAGAGGUGGUAUGCUGAUGAAGAAGAAAGAAUGCAACCUUUGGAGGAUCAGCUAGAUUUACCCAUUCCACCAUCACGUUCCUCAGACAUGUUGGAAGCAGAUUCAACUAUGGACCCUGACCAAUCACUAGGGGGAGUAAUGGUCCUUAGUCAAAGACAACAUGAAAUAAUCCUGAAGGCUGCUCAGGAGCUGAAGAUGCUUCGGGAACAGAAAGAGCAGAUGCAGAAGUUGAAAGAGUUUGUACCUGAGCCUGAACUGCCAACACAUGAGACCUCUAGAUCACAGACCACAACUCCAAGGCCAGGUUCCUAUCAGGUCUCUUCUCAACAUCCAUCUGAGACAUCAUUAGAAUCUCAACCUAUCACAUCUCCUGCUGUUAUUAUAAAGCCACCAGUUCUGUUCAGGCAGCCCACUGCAGUGACCAGGCCUGCUUCCACAGUGACACGGUCAUCUGCCUCCGUAUCAAGGCCACUUUCUUCAUCUCCUACUCCAAUUGCAUCCUCAAGUCAGACUCCAGGUCUAAAACCAUCACUUGCUACUGUGGAACAGGAACGUUGGGAUGAGGAUUCUUUCCAUGGGCUCUGGGAUACCACUGAAGAUAAGGGAGCAAAUUUAGAGUAUGAAUUAUGUAAAUCGGACUCAGGGUUGCCACCACCUGCCUCAUCUUCUGUUCACCCUUCCCUUUUGUCAUCUGUAUCAACUUCACUUUCUUCGGUUAUGCCAUCAAUUUCUAAACCACCUCUAAUUCAGCAGACUGUGGACUAUGGCCAUGGCAGAGAUAUUACCACCAGUAAAGUAGAACAAAUUCCCUAUGGGGAAAGAAUAACUCUGCGACCAGAGCCUCUGCCUGAGAGACAGCCAUUUCCUAAAGAGCAUCCAGGCCAGCGUGACCGUUACAACAGAGAAAGAGAUCGUGAACCUUACUUUGAGCGUCAAGGCAAUUCCAGUAUAGAUCACCGAGAUUUCAAGAGGGAGCGGGAAGUGCACAGAGACCGUAGUUCUGGAGAUUAUGAUCGUGAGAGGUUUGAGAAAGAGCGCCACCCUCGAGAGGACAGGGUUCCUCCAACUGUACCUUCAAGGACGCAGUCUUACCGUGACAAGAAAGACCAUCCCUCCACAAGGCGAGGGAGCUUUGAAAGACCAUCAUAUGAAAGGAAACCAGAUCGCUCAACCUAUGAUCACGGGCCUUCCAUGUUUGGAGGUGAUCGAAGAAACUACCCUGAGGAGAGAAUGCCCAUUUCUGCUCCAUCAGUACCCCGCCAGCCUCCUCCUACUCCACGAGUGGAGAGGAAGCCAGAGUCUAAAAAUGUAGAUGAUAUUUUGAAGUUACCAGGACGGGACAGCAGGCCAGAGAGGAUUGUUAUCAUAAUGAGGGGAUUGCCUGGCAGUGGAAAGACACAUGUAGCAAAAUUAAUCAGGGAUAAGGAAGUAGACUGCGGAGGGCCUGCACCCAGAGUGCUCAGCCUGGAUGACUAUUUCAUCACUGAAGUGGAAAAAGAGGAGAGAGACCCAGAUACAGGGAAAAAAGUGAAGAAGAAGGUGAUGGAAUAUGAAUAUGAAGCUGACAUGGAAGAGACCUACCGCACGAGCAUGUUUAAAACCUUCAAAAAGACCUUGGAUGAUGGCUUCUUCCCAUUCAUUAUUCUUGAUGCCAUCAAUGACAGAGUGCGGCACUUUGAACAGUUCUGGAGUGCAGCAAAAACAAAGGGUUUUGAGGUAUAUCUAGCUGAAAUGAGUGCAGAUAACCAGACUUGUUCCAAGAGGAAUAUUCAUGGACGCAAGCUGAAGGAGAUCAAUAGGAUGUCUGAUCACUGGGAAACUGCACCACGUCACAUGAUGCGUUUGGAUAUUCGUUCUCUGUUACAAGAUGCUGCUAUUGAAGAGGUGGAAAUGGAAGAUUUUGAUGCAAAUAUUGAAGACCAGAAAGAAGAAAAUAAGAAAGAUGCUGCAGAGGAAGAGGAGAGUGAACUGGGUUACAUUCCGAAAAGCAAAUGGGAGAUGGACACUUCUGAGGCAAAACUAGACAAGCUGGAUGGUUUGCGGACUGGCGCUAAGAGGAAACGUGAUUGGGAAGCAAUUGCCAGCAGGAUGGAGGAUUAUCUUCAGCUUCCAGAUGAUUAUGACACCCGUGCUUCUGAACCUGGCAAAAAGAGGGUGCGUUGGGCAGACCUAGAAGAAAAGAAGGAUGCAGAUAGGAAGAGGGCCAUUGGAUUUGUGGUUGGACAAACAGAUUGGGAGAAGAUCACAGAUGAAAGUGGUCAUCUUGCUGAAAGAGCCCUCAACCGCACCAAAUAUAUUUGAGGCAGUUAUUAACUGGAUUUUUUGUACCUUUAAGGU